GAGAAUGAAUCAGUGCUCUGAGCAGCAGGGACUCCUCAUUAAUGAGCUCUUCAUAAUGAAGAUUUAAUCCCACAGCUCCUGGAUAAGAGUGAGCUCCAAAAGCCGAAAAAAAAAAAGAAGUGUUGUCAGGGCUAUAAAAGAAAAUUAGGAACAGAGUCUGGACACAUCUAUUUUAUGCAUGUGGUUCGUUCUUCUCAGACUUGGCUCAGUUUUGGUAUCUAUCUGUCUGAGUAAACAAUAUAAAACCUGCACAACAGUGUGAGCAUUCAGACAGGGUUUCCUCGCUGCAGAAGCCCAGGUGGAAGCCGUGACGCCCGAGAUGACGGUGACCUACACGGCCCGGGUGGCCAAAGCGCGCUUCUGCGGCUUCUCCAAGCUGCUGCUGGCCUGGAAGGGGAGCAUCUAUAAAGUCCUCUACAAGGAGUUUCUGGCGUUUUUCGCCAUGUACACCGCCAUCAGCAUCACCUACAGAUUCUUUCUUGCAGAUGAGCAGAAGAGAUACUUCGAAAAGCUCUCGAUUUACUGCAACCAUUACGCCAGCCUCAUUCCCAUGUCUUUCGUCUUGGGUUUCUAUGUGACACUGAUAGUGAACCGCUGGUGGAGUCAGUACACGUCGAUCCCACUACCAGACCGCGUGAUGUGCGUGCUCUCGGGUUGCGUACAGGGCGAGGACGAGCAUGGAAGGCUGCUGCGACGCACACUUAUGCGCUACACCAGUCUGUCUGCUUUGCUCAUCCUGCGCUCCGUCAGUACUGCCGUCUUUAAACGCUUUCCCACUGUGGACCACGUAGUAGAAGCAGGAUUCAUGACACGGGAGGAGAGGAAGAAGUUUGAAAGUCUGCACUCUCCCUAUAAUAAAUACUGGAUUCCGUGUGUGUGGUUUGCUAACCUGGCUGCCGUGGCACGAUGUGAAGGUCGAAUUAAAGACAAUGGCACUUAUAAACUACUGAUGGAGGAGCUGAAUCAGUUCAGAGACAAAUGCAGUAUGCUCUUUCACUAUGACAUGAUCAGCGUGCCGCUUGUUUACACGCAGGUGGUGACACUGGCAGUGUACAGCUUCUUUCUGGUCUGUCUGAUCGGCCGCCAGUUUCUGGACCCCACUCGGGGUUACCAAGGUCACGACCUCGACCUCUACGUCCCUGUUUUCACUCUGCUCCAGUUCUUCUUCUACGCUGGCUGGCUCAAGGUGGCAGAACAGCUGAUUAACCCGUUCGGUGAGGAUGAUGAUGAUUUUGAAACCAACUGGCUCAUAGACAGGAACUUCCAGGUAUCGAUGAUGGCAGUAGACGAAAUGUACGGCGAUCUGCCCAAAAUGGAGAGGGAUCGCUACUGGAAUGACUCGAACCCUCGGCCGCCCUACACCGCCGCCACGCUGUUCGUCCUCCGCAAACCCUCUUUCCAGGGCUCUACCUUCGACAUGGCAAUUCCUAAGGACGAGAUGCCCUUCCAGCCUCUGGAAGACAUCUCCGAGAAGUUGGAAGAAUCCGAGACUCACCACCACAACCUCACUUUGUUCAACCGACUCCUUAGCUCCGCUCCUUCUCCCUCCAGCAUUGUGGGUGGGGCCUUUCGCAGAACCACUGCUCAGCUGCAGCGAUUGACGCCUUUGAUCGUCCCUGACUCCUACUCGGAUGAAGAGGAGCUGGAUGGAGAAAGAUACGCCGGGAGGUACGAGGGACUGGAAGAAUCGCUGCUGUCGGGGUUCGGAAACGACACCCAGAGCACCAUCUGCAGCUGUGGAGGAACCUCCAACACACAUGUGCCUCUAACCAGGAAGGAGUUUAACCCGAGCCAAGGACAUGAAGAAGAUGGGCUGAAGAAAGAUAAGAAUGAGAACGAGUCGACGAUGCUGAACGUAUCUCCACCUGUAACGCAUGCCCUGGAGCAGGAAAUAAAGCCAAGGCUUCCAUUCCAACAUUCCAUUCCAACCAACGUCAACUGCUCCACACCCGACUUUAUCGCUUUCCAGACAAUUGGAGACCAGGCCACCCUCUAUUCAUCUAACGGAAAUGCGUUGUCGGGUGUAACAAGCUUGACAGUUUUGUCAUUUCCUGAAACACGGCGCAGCAUCAGCAUGGGCUCAGACGUCCACUGUUUGUCCAACGAGGCAGAGGAGUGACGUUCCAUGAGUGAGGAAAGUCACUAAUCUGAGAUAUCGAUUUAAUGUCACAUCACAUAACCAAACUCAUCAUCAACUAAGUUACAGCACUUUUAUAGCAAAUUAAUAUUCAAAUCAUACGUUUUAAGUAUAAUGGAAAAAAAAUGUCUUGUUUUUUUAAUUUUGUGUGUAUAAAGUCACCAAAUGCACAAUUUAUUAUUA